UCUGCAGGAGCCAGCACACCUCCUGGAUAUGGAGACUGUUGUUCGCCGCUGCCCAUUUUUAUCCCGCGUGUCUCAGACUUUCCUGCAGAAGGCAGGGAAAUCUCUGUUGUUCUAUGCUCAAAACUGUCCCAAGAUGAUGGAAGCUGGGGCCAAGCCAGCCCCCCGGGCCCUGUCUACUUCAGCAGUACAUUGCCAGCAGGUCAGAGAAACCCCUCCAGCCAAUGAAAAGGACAAAACUGCCAAAGCAGAGGUCCAGCAGACUCCUGAUGGAUCCCAGCAGACGCCUGAUGGAUCCCAGCAGACUCCUGAUGGGGCACAGCUUCCAUUUGAACACCUUGCCCCUGCCACGAGCCAGGGAACUGCAAGCAAAUGCCCUUUCCUGGCAGCACAGAUGAGCCAGAGGGGCAGCAGUGUCUUCUGCAAAGCCAGUCUCGAGCUCCAGGAGGAUGUGCAAGAAAUGCAUGCCUUGAGGAAAGAGGUUGCCCAGACCUCAGUGAACCCCAGUGUGAUUAGUGUGAAGACUGAUGGCGAGGAGCCAAGUAGAUUGCUGAAGAACUUCCAAGAUAUCAUGCGAAAGCAAAGACCAGAAAGAGUGUCCCAUCUGCUUCAAGAUAAUUUGCCAAAAUCUGUUUCCACUUUUCAAUAUGAUCAUUUCUUUGAGAAGAAAAUUGAUGAGAAAAAAAGUGACCACACCUAUCGAGUUUUCAAAACCGUCAAUCGGAAGGCACACAUCUUCCCCAUGGCGGAUGACUACUCAGACUCUCUGAUCACCAAAAAGCAGGUGUCGGUUUGGUGUAGCAAUGACUACCUAGGAAUGAGUCGCCACCCAAGGGUGUGUGGGGCAGUUAUGGACACUUUGAAACAACAUGGUGCUGGGGCAGGUGGUACUAGAAAUAUUUCUGGAACCAGUAAAUUCCACGUAGACCUGGAGCAAGAGCUGGCUGACCUCCAUGGGAAAGACGCAGCACUCUUGUUUUCCUCGUGCUUUGUAGCCAAUGACUCUACUCUCUUUACCUUAGCUAAGAUGAUGCCAGGCUGUGAAAUUUACUCUGAUUCUGGGAACCAUGCCUCCAUGAUCCAAGGGAUUCGGAACAGCCGAGUGCCAAAAUACAUCUUCCGCCACAAUGAUGUCUGCCAUCUUAGAGAACUGCUUCAAAGAUCUGACCCCUCGGUCCCCAAGAUUGUUGCAUUUGAAACUGUCCACUCAAUGGAUGGGGCGGUGUGCCCACUGGAAGAAUUGUGUGAUGUCGCCCAUGAGUUUGGAGCAAUCACCUUUGUGGACGAGGUCCACGCAGUAGGGCUGUAUGGGCCUCGAGGUGGAGGGAUUGGCGAUCGGGAUGGAGUCAUGCCAAAAAUGGACAUCAUUUCUGGAACACUUGGCAAAGCUUUUGGUUGUGUUGGAGGGUACAUCGCCAGUACGAGUUCUCUGAUCGACACCGUGCGUUCCUACGCUGCUGGGUUCAUCUUCACCACCUCCCUGCCGCCCAUGCUGCUGGCUGGAGCCUUGGAGUCUGUGCGGAUCCUGAAGAGUGCUGAGGGGCGGACACUUCGCCGCCAGCACCAGCGCAACGUCAAGCUCAUGAGGCAGAUGCUCAUGGAUGCUGGCCUCCCAGUUGUCCACUGCCCCAGCCACAUCAUCCCCGUCCGGGUUGCAGAUGCUGCUAAAAACACAGAAGUCUGUGACGAGCUAAUGAGUAGACAUAACAUCUACGUCCAAGCAAUCAAUUACCCCACGGUGUCCCGCGGAGAAGAACUCCUGCGGAUCGCCCCCACCCCUCACCACACGCCGCAGAUGAUGGACUACUUCCUCAAGAAUCUGCUGGCCACGUGGAAGCGAGUGGGACUGGAGCUGAAACCACAUUCCUCAGCUGAGUGCAACUUCUGCAGGAGGCCGCUGCAUUUUGAAGUGAUGAGUGAAAGAGAAAAAUCCUAUUUCUCAGGCAUGAGCAAGCUGGUGUCUGCUCAGGCCUGAAUGUGACCUCGGUUCCCCAAUCCUAGACCAUAUCAUAUCCACAUAGUCUCCAGAGUUGUCUUUAUAUGUGAAUUAAAUUAUAUUAAAAUUUAAUCUAUAGUAAAAACAUAGUUCUAAAAAUAAAUUCUUACUUAAGUGAUG